AUGUUUUCUUUAAAAAUCGAAAGGAGAACAAAAAUAAAUUUUAAAAAUAAUUUAUUUUUAAUUUUAAAUUUAUUUUUAUUUUAUUAUUCGAAUUUAAUUAAUGCGAGACCUUUUUCUAUUGCUGACGAAGUUGGGGGAAGCAAUAAUUAUUUAAAUAAUUUUGUUGUAAAUUCUAAUGAAAGAGAACAAUAUAAAGAAGCUAUGGAAAUUGCUAGAGAAACAUUUUUUCAAUUAAGACCGUUAGCUACAACACAAAAUGAACAAACAGAAAAACAACAAAACAAAUUAAAAUUGUUGUCUGUUUUAAAUAGAGAACAAAAACAACGAAAGAAACAACAAAAACAACAACAGAAUAAUCAAAACAAUGAGAAUAUUGAGCCAGAUAAUAUUCUCCCUCAACAACAACAAUUACCUCUCCAUUCAACACAACCAAUGCUUCCCCUUCACAUAUCAUCUGAUAUUGUAAACAACACCCUUCAAUCAAACACAUGCCAGGGCGAUUUAUUCAAACACAAAAUUAAGGUGAAUGGAUGUAAACCAAAAAGCAUUACAAAUCGUUUUUGUCAUGGAAGUUGUUCCUCAUUUUAUAUACCCCGUCUACGAUCCAAAAAAUUAAAGGCAACAUUCCAAAGUUGUUCAGCAUGUAUACCUGUUGAAGUGGACACAAUACAGGUUCGUCUAGAAUGUCCAGACCUAGAAAAAGGUUAUCUCUAUAGAAAAAUUGUCCGAGUAAAAAAGUGUGCUUGUAGAAAUAUAAUGUUGGAAGGGGAAGAAAUGGGUGGUGACAACAAUAAUAAUGAAAAUAUAUUGGAAGAUGAAGAGGAUGAAGAGAAUUUGAAUGAUUAUAAUGAUGGGGAUUAA